AUGGGUGAGGUAACAAUCACGACCGUGGAUGGGACAGUGGGAUCAGAACUCGAAACAUUAGCCACCGAGCCUGGACUUGCUAUUACUACCACUUCUCUCCCAAGCAUCUCACCUACCUCAAGCACCAGUCAAGUGGAUGGUGCAAUCUCCUUCGAAGGGGAAAAAAAGACUUCGUCAGGAGGCGAUGGACCAAACAAGGGAGCCAUCAUUGGCGGGCUUAUAGCUGGUCUCGUGGUCGUAGGCGCCAUCCUCUUCUUCCUCUGGCGCAGGCGCAAAACCAGCAGGAAGCGUCACAGUGCUUCCUCUACCAGUCACCUUCUCACCUCAAAGAAUGCCGGCAAGAAGCUUUCAGACAAGGACUGUUACCCGUUCGACGACAGCAGUAGCAGCUCUGGUAACACCGUCGGACGAACAUCGCCAUGGCCCAUCAAAGGCGCCGCCACAGCCACAGCCACGACGUGCAAUUCAGUGCGACAACAACCUGUCAGCGGUGCCGGCACCGGCGCCACAUGUUCCCGUCCUGGUCACAACCCCGUCAGUCCUAUCAGCCCCGGAGGUGGUGAUGCUGCCAGUCUCGAUGGUCUCUCGUCGCUCUCACGCGGAUCAAGCUUCUCGUACGCCUCGGACGAUUACUCCUGCCGAGGAAGUGCUGCCAGCAACACGGGCAGCAUGUACCAAGCCACUGCACUGGCGUACCCUGCACCGGGGCAGGUGACGCCCGUCAUGAUGCCUGGGGCUGGAUACCCGGCUACGGCGAGAAUUGUGAAUCUCUCGCCGAAGCCUCAGAAACCGGAGAUGGUGAUGGUGAGGAAUAGCAAUCGGAAUAGCAGCACCGCGGAGCUCGUGAGUCCGAGUCGGAACCCUAGCAGGAGUACCACCGGUGAAAAAUCUGCUGGGAAGCGAGCAUCAUUACUAUGGGAUAAAGAAGCUUGCGGGACCGGUAUCUCGUCCUUCGUCGUCGAGGCCGGUUACAUGGAUGAAACAGCCGUCGCCGCUGUCCACGGCAAGGAAUUCGGCGGCAUCAUCAACAGCGUUUGUACCUUCGCCGAUUGGAGGGACACCGAUGCCCGGGGGGGUAAGAAGAGGAGUUAUAUGGGCUGA